UGAAGCCACUCGUGAAACGUAAACCAGUACCAGGUUGAGUGCGAAAUGUAAAGAAGUGAAUCUAACGGUCUCACAUACUAUAGACGUUUUUUUUUUGUUGUUGUAUUAAUUACUAGACAACAACAACAUUUACUCAGAAUGAUUUUGUUUACUUGCGUGACGGUGUUUUUGCUGAGCGCGUUGGUCGAAGGAGCGAAGAAAGAGGGAGAUGACGAAUGGGUUAAUCUCCCCAAUAAAUGUGAAGUGUGUAAGUUUGUGAGUAUCGAGAUGAAGUCUGCCUUUGACGAGACGGGGAAAACCAAGGAAGUCAUUGAGAGGAACUACCGUUUUCUUGACGACAACAAGGGAGCUCCGCCAAUCAAAUAUGUGAAGUCAGAUAUCCGUUUCAUUGAGGUUGUGGAGAAUGUGUGUCAGAGGCUCUCUGGCUAUAACCUACACAAGGAGAGGGAGGGCAGCAACCGCUUUGCCAAGGGUAUGUCCGAGACAUUCUCUACCCUCCAUGGUCUGGUCCAUAAGGGGGUAAAAGUCGUGAUGGACAUCCCCUAUGAACUCUGGAACGAAACCUCCGCGGAGGUCGCCGAUCUCAAGAAGCAGUGUGACGUGAUGGUAGAGAAGUAUGAGGAGGUUAUUGAGGACUGGUACAAAGGCAGUCAGGAGGAAGACCUCACCACGUACCUCUGUGAGAAACACGUUCUGAAGGGACAGGACACCGCCUGCCUGAAAGAGGAGUACUCCAAGAAGAAGGGAGACGCGGCAGCCAUUGCCGAGGAGAGGAAGAAGAAGAAGAAGAAGGGAGGAGGAAAGAAGGGGACGAAGAGCAAAGACGUGGGAGGAGGAGGAGGAGGAGGCAGUGACGGAGAGAAGACCAUGAAGAAAAAGGAGAGGGUAAUGAAGAAGGCAAAGGCGGUGUCAGCAGAGAAGGAGAGGGAGGGGGUCUCGUCAGACGACGACAUCCAGAGAAAGGUGGCUCUGCCUGGGAAGAACACAGAGCUGUGAGACCCUGGAUGGAUGUAGGGACGGAACCUUGUACUGUGUCCCAAAUGUCACCCUAUUCCAUAUAUAGUGCACUACUUUUGGCCCCAAUGGGGCCCUGGUCUAAAGUAGUGCACUAAAUAGGGAAUAGGGUGCCAUUUUGGACGCUGGAUGACCGAGGGAGUGGAAAGGCGGCAUACAGGACCCAUCUUUCCACUUUCCCUCCAUUUUAGCUUGAGGUGAUUACUUGAUUUUGAGUUUCCCACCCACUCUCCUCUUCCUCCCGUCUUUGUUUUUCCAUCAUCAUUACAUCUUUUAUCCUGUUAGCUGUUCUUAACCUUUCGUCAGUCUUAUUAGUCUGAACCUAUGGUCGUUCUGGAUGGAACUAUCGGUAUUGACAAUAGCUCUGAACCUAUGGUCGUUCUGGAUGGAACUAUCGGUAUUGACAAUAGCUCUGAACCUAUGGUCGUUCUGGAUGGAACUAUCGGUAUUGACAAUAGCUCUGAACCUAUGGUCGUUCUGGAUGGAACUAUCGGUAUUGACAAUAGCUCUGAACCUAUGGUCGUUCUGGAUGGAACUAUCGGUAUUGACAAUAGCUCUGAACCUAUGGUCGUUCUGGAUGGAACUAUCGGUAUUGACAAUAGCUCUGAACCUAUGGUCGUUCUGGAUGGAACUAUCGGUAUUGACAAUAGCUCUGAACCUAUGGUCGUUCUGGAUGGAACUAUCGGUAUUGACAAUAGCUCUGAACCUAUGGUCGUUCUGGAUGGAACUAUCGGUAUUGACAAUAGCUCUGAACCUAUGGUCGUUCUGGAUGGAACUAUCGGUAUUGAAGUAUUGACAAUACUACUGAAUAUAUGGUCUCGUGUGUGUGUGUUCAUGUGUCACAUUCUUGUUGUUUUUAAACAUGCUUUUGUUACAUGUGGAUUUGUCUAUACAAAUAAUAAUAUGCCCUUUUUUAUUUGAAAAGAGAAGGCAUUGCUUUUCAAUGGCACUAUCUCCCUACUGAAAGGAGUUUUACUUUUUUAAGAUUUUUGUAUUUAGAAUUUUAACAGACAACCAACCGGUCAUGAAGUUAAGCAAUAUAUUGGUACAAUAUGUAUCAACCAGAAUGUUCAGUAAGAUUUUUGAUCAAAUGUGAAAUGUUUUAAAUAGAGAAUAACCCUUUUAAUGUAGAUUUAUUUGAGGCUCUUUUUGUCUUUGAAUUAUUGUUGUAGUAGACUGCUGGAUUUCAGUUUCUGGACUUUUGUUGUUUUUGAAGAGUUGUGUGUUUUUGUUAUGUGUCACCACUGUAUGAAGCUGCUAUUCAUUAGUGUGUGUGUGUGUGUGUGUGUGUGUAACUAAUAGGAUUGUUGACUGUGUGUUCUGGGUGAUCUAACUGAACUGUUAACAGACCAGUCAAACGUCAAGGUGUUUCAAUAAAACUACUGCUGUUGAAAACCCUU